GUCAGACACAGGGGGUGGGAAGGAGGUUGGUAGCUCUGAGAGAGGAGCUGCUGUGUGUGUCAGAGACCGAGCACACAGACAGACAUAGAGAGAGAGAGAGAGGGGAUUUAUCACCUGAUGAACUCAUCUCAUGCAUCUCCAACUCUUAUCAUCUGGGACUCUCUCUGGCCUCUCUCCCCUCUGCAGCCCCUGCUCUCCCAGGCCACAAAGGCUCCUUCAGCACAGGAAACCAGUGAGAAACCAGUGAGAAGCCAGUGACGCCUCUGAACCUGCAGUGAAACAAUCCCGCCAGCUUCACUUCCAAUAUCAGAACCAAAAUAUACAAAAAAAGUGAGGAACAAACAAGAAGCAGAAAAAUAAUUGCACCAAAGCAAGAGAGGCCCAAGCUACCCGCCAGGCCAUUCCUUUAGGGCUCAGCCUAUACCUGCUCAAAACAGAUAUUUAUUUCUUUCUUAUAUUUUAUUUUUUUACUUUCAAUCCUUGGAUAUUUUUUUCUGCGGUGCAUUUUUUAAAAAAAACAGCAACCAUUACGUCCGUCACUGUGCCUCUCCCUCAGUCCUUUGGGACCCCGGGAAUUCCACCAUCAAAGAUGACCCUGUUGGCAUCGGAGCGCUCCAUGCUCAUCAGGAGCAAGUUCCGCUCAGUGCUUCAGCUGAGAAUGCAGCAUCGGCGAUCUCAAGAACAACUGUCUGAGCGCAACCUGAUCCCAUCCCCAGUGGUCAGUAAAACACCUGCAUCUUUCCCAGAUCAAAAUGGAAAUUUGGGACAAAACAAAGCUGAAGACUUCAUCAAAAUCAAGGGCCAGAACAAGCACCACAAAGUGGCAGCUUCCAAGAUGCAUUUUCCUGAAGAUGCCCUAGUUGAGUCUGAUGAACUUAAAGAGAAAAAAGCUCGCUUGGCUGAAGAUCUGAAUGAAAAGAUCCUUCAUCGACCUGGACCUUUAGAACUAGUGAAGAAGAAUAUACUUCCACUAGCUACUGACCAGAUCUCCCCUACCUCCGAUGCAUUUUCAUUUGAAGACGACAUCAGCAGCUCCUCGUCAUCUUCUACUUCCUCAUCGCCUCGCUUUGCACCUUCCCCAAGCCUUUCAGUAAACCUCUCCCCAACAUCUACCAACACUGUGUUCCAGCUGGAUCUUCCCCAAAUAAUUGAGGUCAACCAGCCAAAUGCAAGAACAGUAACGGAGGCUGAGACUUUGGCAACCAGUAGGCCAGCCGCCCAUCACCCCACCCAGGCUUCAUCCAAUGUACCUAAGGUCACGGUUAAGCCUUCUGAUGUGGCAAAGAUCCAAAGGCCAAAAAAGCCCAAAGACACAAAGCCCAAGGUUAAGAAGCUAAAGUAUCACCAAUACAUUCCACCGGAUCAGAAGGCAGAGAAAGCACCUGUAGCCAUGGAUGCGGCCUAUUCCCGUUUGCUGCAACAGCAACAGAUCUUCUUGCAACUGCAAAUCCUCAACCAACAGCAAAACCCAACUUUCUGUGUCCAAACUGUUCACCCCCUAACCACAAGCAUCCCAGCGGAUCAAGUGAUUAGUUUUACAGGAGCACCGCCAUCCAGUGCCCCUGCCAUAAAUCUCUCACCUUCGCCCGGUACAGCAGCUGUAACAGCUGCCCCGACAACAACGGUGCCAAUACCUCUCAAAGGAGAGAUGCUCCCUGGAAACAUUGAUGACCUAACGGUAUCAGAACUUCGUCAGCAUUUACGCAAGCGAGGGCUUCCAGUCUCAGGCACAAAGCCAGCCUUACUGGAAAGACUAAGGCCCUACCAAAUCCCCCGUGCAAAGACCAUUCCAGCCCAAAUUCAAAGCGCAGGUUUGAUGACACCUAUUAUUGAACUGUCAGCAUUUCCCAAACCGUCAGCAUGUGACAGCACUGCUCCCACUCUCUGCACCUUUCAAACGGUGCCAUCUCCACCCUCCGGUGAGGUCCCUCAGGAGCCAUCAGAGACAGUCUGUAGCAUGCCAGAGAGCGCUGAAAUCCGUGCUGCUGUGCAAGAUAAGGACACACCUAUGGAAGAAGCUGAUGAUGACCAUGUUCUUAUGGAAAAGCAGAAAGUGAUUGAGAAUUUGACUUGGAAAUUAAAGCAGGAACAAAAACAAGCCGACGACCUCAGGGUGGAACUGGAAAUGCACAAGCGGUUAAAAAACCGACACAAGAAUGACAAAUUAAUCUCCAGAGUUCACAUUAAGCAAGAGAUUGAUACGACUUCCCAGACGUCCUGCUGUGCAAAAGCACAGGCCGAAGAGACACAGUUUUUAUAUACUAUCAGCAAUGACAGAACAGACCGGAAACCACCCGUUCAGGACCCACAAAUUAAUGCAAAUAUAAAUGAAAAUUACAUGAGUUUCUGCCCACCUUCCUGUGACCUGAUAGGACAAGAUUUUGAGCUCCCCAUGCAGAUUACAGCAAGCCCAGAGAGCCCAGUUCAGAAGCCACGUUCCUUUGAAGAGGAGCUACAGGAAGCAAUUCAGAAGGCUCAGAUGGCCCUCUGUGAGUCCAUUGAGGACAUACUGGAGGAGGAGGAACAUCUCAUGUGCACAGAUGAAUUAAUACACAUAGAUUCAAUUCCUAAUAUGAUGGAGCACCACAGUUCAGCAGCCCUUGCGUCUCAACAUGGAAAUUUUUCAAAGUCACUCUACUGCUGCAGUGAUGCACCUCCGGCGGCUUCAACAAUUGUCUCUUCGAGCAUUCUUGAAUUUCCCGUUUCUGGGCACUAUGACCUUCUCUCUGGGCAAGAAAAUCUUUCUGUUAUAUUUGCUCCUGAUCAGAUUGAGAUACCUUCUUCACCAGAGCACCAGGAACACGAUUCAUCACCUUCCCCUUCAUCUACAUCUUCAUCCUCUGCUCCCUUUGACCCAGCAGAUUGGCUGGAAGCAUUGACCUCAGGAUCAACUUCCAACUUUGGACCUGGCAGUCCUGUUGGUUCGAGUAUAUUCUCUACAGACAUUUUUGACUCUCCAGAUUUAAGUAUUAAUAGAAUGAUUGAUUUAAUGGUGGAGCAGUGGUAACAAUUAAACUGAGGACAAAGGAAACACAUCCAAAUAUAUCACCUCAAUGAAAUAACCAGCAUGAAAGGAAGAUAAUCUUCCUUUUGAGGAAAGCUUUUGCUAGCUGGAGAUAAAAAAAAAAAGGUGCAAUAUGCUGCUGAAUCCCACAACACACCGUAGGCUGGAUUGUGAUGGAGAUGCUCACAGAUGCUGCAAUGCCUUUGCUCUGAUACAGAAUAUAAUUUGUUGGCUGAAUAGUGGAUUCACUCGUUCUUAAUAAAUGUACUUUCUUUACAGAAGAAGUAAGUUCUAGAACAGAAUCUAUACAACCAGGAAAAGUGCCUAAUCUCUAGUUAUCCAUUAUGUAUAAACCAAAUGGAACACAAUGAAGGAUAUCAUUUUAAUUCAAAUGUAAGCAGGAUAACCAUACCACCUUGUGGUAUAAGAAACCCAGUUGUAUCCAAAGACUUGAAUUCGGUAUGCACUUUGGGCUGUCUUUAAAACACAAAUAUGUUUAUGAGACAUGACAAGUCCUUCUCAAAGAUGUCUGUUCAGAUCACUCACACACUAUUGAGGGUAGGUCCCCAGACUUGGGGUGCUCUAUUGGGGAAAUGUAAUAAAAGUCAUAAAUAGAACAAUCAUUUGUAUAAGUAAGAAGAAUAAUUCACAUUUUUCCAAGGUAGCAUUAGUUCAUUAGUAAUUGCACAGCACAGUUUAAUUACUCAUUUUCAUGAUAUGCUUGAAGGUAGUUUAGGUUCAUACCUGUCAGAUUGGUUUACCAAAUACUUUUGAGGGUUCAUCAUUGUUCACCGAAAAAAGGACAAAAAUAUUCAAAUUGACUUCUAUUACAGUCCCCCAUAUAUGUCUUAGCAAAGCAACAGUACAAAUAUUUUGUGUGGCAUAGGAAGCCGAAUGGGUACUGUGGUCAACCUUUGUUCAUUCUGUAUCAGACAUGGCCAGAGCUGUCUUUGGGGGGUGGGGGGGUGAACAGAGGGGGUAACUGGCUCAGCAUUAGAGGGGGUAACUGCCCCAGCAUCAGAGGGGGUAACUGCCUGGGGCAUUACAUAGCAGUAGCUGUAUUUGCCCCACAAAUGAUGUAUUUUCUAAUCAGGGGCUACAAUCGUAGCAUAGCACGUAUAAGAAGCCCUAGCCAUGACUGCAAAGCACUAUUUCUAUGUAAUAUACAUACCACUGGUGUUAAUAUUUUUAUGCAGAUAUACAAAGCAAACCUUUUUAAAACAUUUGGUGAAACCUACUUCAGAAUGGGGCAGGUGCACUAUUUAUUGCGGUUAUUUAAUUUAUUUAAUGAUGGUUCUAUAUUGUAGUUUGGUAAAGCCAACUCCCCUGGGUUAUAGAUAAGAUUAUAGCCCCAGACAAAUUCUUUCUGUGAAUAGUAUGACACUAUAACUACCAUGCACAUUCCGGCUGCAAACUAAAAAGGCAAACCAAAACACCUCAACGUUAAAUGGAUCUUAAUGUCUGUAUCUUAAGCUGGCCAUAGAUCUUAAGAUUGUUUGCUGAGGUUGCAAAGGGAAGAUCUCUGCCCUGAGUCAAGUGUGACUGUAGCCAGUGUUGGCCUGGGAGACCAUAUCAGCAUGGAAUGAACUUUCCUGAUGGAAUGUUCAUAUCUGCCCAUGAGAUAUUGGCUAGAUUUUGGCCAGAUAUUGGUCAGGCAGGCCAUCAAGAGACACUGGCAUCUAUGCCGGCUUCAUGUGAAGGGCUGAGGGGCUUAUAUCCAGCCAUGUAUGGCCACCUUAAGACACAUCUAUUCUUUUUACUGAUGCACUAUAUAAGGCUGUGUUCUUUUUGUUGCCUAUUCCAUAACAUCACACAACAAGAUUAUAUUUUUAGAACAAUAUUUCUAAAAAUGUGAUGUCUCUGCAAUACAUAAAAAUUCAUUGAGAUACGAUAUCACAUUCUAGGGGGAAAUAAUGCCAAAUGAUAGAUGUUUUAUAUGGCAUAACAAGGGACAAAAUAAGGGGGAUGCCCAUUUCUGAGAAAUGUAUCCUUAAUAGAUGUUAUUGCUUGAUAAAACCAAUGCAAAUAGAAGAUAAAGAAAAAACAAAAUCUGAAGGCUAUUGGUGCAGAGAAACCUAUACUGAAAAAUGUGACUGAUAGAAAUAUAAAUUGAAAAUAAAUGCCCUGUAUUCAAUGGA